AUGUCCAAAAAGGGCGCAGGCGGCCGGAGCAAGGGGGACAAGGCGGAGGUCCUCGCCGCGCUGCAGGCCGCCAACGAGGACCUGCGGGCCAAGCUCACCGAGAUCCAGAUUGAGCUGCAGCAGGAGAAGAGCAAGGUCGGCCGGGUGGAAAGGGAGAAGAACCAGGAGCUCAGGCAGGCGCGGGAGCACGAGCAGCACAAGAGCGCCGUCCUGCUCACCGAGCUGAGGACCAAGCUCCACGAGGAGAAGAUGAAGGAGCUCCAGGCGCUGCGGGAGGCGCUGCUGCGCCAGCACGAGGCCGAGCUGCUGCGCGUCAUCCGGACCAAGGACAGCGAGAACCAGCGGCUGCAGGCGCUGCUACACGCCGUGCGCGACGGCGGCCCGGACCGGGCGCGCACCGUGCUGCUGUCCGAGGCCAAGGAGGAGGCCAAGAAGGGCUUCGAGGUGGAGAAGGUGAAGAUGCAGCAGGAGAUCUCGGAGCUGAAGGGCGCCAAGAGGCAGGUGGAGGAGGCGCUGACCCUGGUCAUCCGCGCCGACAAGAUCAAGGCCGCGGAGAUCAGGAGCGUGUACCACCUGCACCAGGAGGAGAUCUCCCGCAUCAAGAAGGAGUGCGAGCGCGAGAUCCGCCGGCUGAUGGAGGAGAUAAAAUUUAAAGACAGAGCAGUCUUCGUGCUGGAGAGAGAGUUAGGGGUUCAAGCCGGGCAUGCUCAGAGACUCCAGCUCCAAAAAGAGGCUCUAGACGAGCAGCUGUCCCAGGUCAAAGAGACCGACCGGCACCCGGGCAGCCCCAGGCGGGAGCUUCCUCAUGCAAGCGGUGCAGGAGACGCCUCAGACCACUCGGGAAGCCCUGAACAGCAGUUGGAUGAAAAGGAUGCUCGGCGUUUCCAACUUAAGAUUGCGGAGCUGAGCGCGAUCAUCCGGAAACUCGAGGACCGCAAUGCCCUGCUGUCGGAGGAACGGAACGAGCUGUUAAAGCGUGUAAGGGAAGCUGAAAGUCAGUACAAGCCAUUGCUGGACAAAAACAAGCGCCUCACUCGGAAGAACGAAGAUCUGUCCCACAGCUUACGUCGGAUGGAAAACAAGUUAAAAUUUGUCACCCAGGAGAACAUAGAGAUGAGGCAGAGAGCAGGGAUCAUUCGGAGACCCAGUUCCUUGAACGACCUGGAUCAGAGUCAGGACGAGCGGGAGGUGGACUUCCUGAAGUUGCAGAUUGUUGAGCAGCAGCAUCUCAUAGACGAGCUCUCCAAGACCCUGGAGACCGCUGGCUACGUGAAGAGCGUGUUAGAACGUGAUAAGCUUUUAAGAUACCGGAAACAAAGAAAGAAAAUGGCAAAAAUACCCAAGAAGCCGGUUGUCGUGGAGACCUUCUUUGGAUAUGAUGAAGAGGCUUCUCUGGAGUCCGACGGUUCUUCCAUCUCUUAUCAAACAGACAGGACGGACCAGACCCCAUGCACCCCAGAUGACGACCUGGAGGAGGGCAUGGCCAAGGAGGAGACAGAGCUGCGGUUCCGCCAGCUGACCAUGGAGUACCAGGCCCUGCAGCGGGCCUACGCGCUGCUGCAGGAGCAGGUCGGAGGGACGCUGGAUGCAGAGCGAGAAGUUAAGACCCGUGAGCAGCUGCAGGCGGACGUGCAGAGGGCGCAGGCGCGGAUCGAGGACCUGGAGAAGGCCCUGGCCGAGCAGGGGCAGGAUAUGAAGUGGAUUGAAGAGAAGCAAGCACUGUUUCGGAGAAAUCAGGAGUUGGUGGAAAAGAUUAAACAAAUGGAGACCGAAGAGGCUCGGCUAAAACACGACGUCCAGGAUGCGAAGGACCAGAACGAGCUGCUGGAGUUCCGGAUCCUGGAGCUGGAGGAGAGGGAGAGAAAGUCGCCGGCCAUCACCUUCCACCACACCCCCUUCGUGGACGGGAAGAGCCCCCUGCAGGCAUAUUGUGAGGCAGAAGGCGUGACGGACAUCCUGGUCUCGGAGCUGAUGAAGAAGCUGGACCUGCUGGGGGACAACGCCAAUCUGACCAACGAGGAGCAAGUGGUUGUCAUACAAGCCAGGACAGUCCUGACCUUGGCCGAGAAGUGGCUGCAGCAGAUCGAGGAGACGGAGUCGGCCCUGCAGCGGAAGAUGGUGGACCUGGAAAGUGAGAAGGAGCUGUUCAGUAAGCAGAAGGGCUACCUGGACGAGGAGCUAGACUACCGGAAGCAGUGCUUGGACCAGGCUCAUAAGCACAUCCUGGAGCUGGAAGCCAUGCUGUACGAUGCCCUGCAGCAGGAGGCCGGGGCCAAAGUAGCCGAGCUGCUGUCGGAGGAGGAGCGUGAGAAGCUCGGGGUGGCGGUGGAGCAGUGGAAGCGCCAGGUCAUGAGCGAACUGCGCGAGCGGGACGCCCAGAUCCUGCGGGAGCGCAUGGAGCUUUUGCAACUGGCACAGCAGAGAAUUAAAGAAUUAGAAGAAAGAAUAGAAGCCCAGAAGAGACAAAUAAAGGAACUGGAGGAAAAGUUUCUAUUUUUGUUCUUAUUUUUCUCCUUAGCUUUCAUUCUGUGGUCAUAG